AUGCGGCUGGCGGCGCCUGCCGGCGCGGUAUGUAGGCAUCUCAAACGUACAUCCAUUGGAAAUGCACUUAGGUGUUACGCACUGGAUGAUUUGUUGAUGAAGAGCGACACAAUUUCCUUGCAUUGCCUGUUGACCGACGAGACACGCCACAUCAUCAACGAACAGACGCUGAAGCAAUGUCGUCCCGGUGUAUUCAUUAUCAACACAAGUCGAGGAGGACUCGUUGAUGAGACUGACCUUGCCAAUUACCUGAAAUCGGGACAUGUCAGAGGUGCUGCUCUCGACGUACAUGAACAAGAGCCCUAUGAAGGAAAUGUGAUGAAUCCACUUUCCCAGUGCCCAAAUGUUAUACACACACCUCACGCCUCUUGGUUCUCGGACAGUUCCUGUAAGGAACUUAGAGUGAAUGCUGCAAAAGAGGUUCGCCGAGCCAUCCUGAAUCGGUUUCCGAAUGAUUUGCUCAACUGCGUAAAUAAGGAGCAACUCCUAGCGAAUGGUGGAGGCGCUCGAAGGGCCUUAGCAGCUGCCGCCGCUGCAGCGGCUAGCCAGCCCGGACCAAGCAGUUACAAUCCACUAGUGGGAAUGCAAAAUUUUGGUAGGUGA